GCGAAACAAAUGAAGAAGGAGGGGCGGAAGAGGGACGCCAAAUCAAAAACAGAUAUGGCGGGUUAUGUAAGCAUCCUAAAAAUGAAAAUAUGACUUUCGGGCAGGUGAUUUUGAGGAGUGGGAAAAAGCUUUUCAAAACGAAAAGUCGGUGCUUCGAGAAGCACGACAAUAAUGCGUGGUGGGAAAGUGUGACAUGGGGCCGUGGUGUAACGUUAGCUAGUUGCCAGAGUUACCUGCAGGCCAGUGAGGAGUCUCAUAUAUAGUUUUCCCACACUUAUCUCUAAGCCUCGUGUGGCAUAUUAAAAAAUAACAUGUAGACUGUCCGUUGCGUGGUGCUACGUGCUUGGAGACGAGCUGUUUGGUGUUGGCUGUAACCUGAGGCAGUGUCCACACAGAGCUCCACUGAAGACAUGAACAAUGCCCUCCAAUGGGAAAAUCAUCCCGUACACGCCUCUCGCCGUGGACUUUUGGUACGUGCGGAAGUGUCCAGGUACGCGACUCUUCUUUCUGUCCCACAUGCACGGAGACCACACGGCGGGUCUCACCUCCACCUGGAGCAACCGGCCCAUCUACUGCUCACCGACCACCGCCACCCUGCUCCGACUCAAACUGAAGGUGAAAGAACAGUGGAUCCACCCUCUAGAACUUGGCGAGCCGUAUCUGCUACCACUGGACGACAUCGGCAAAGAGAAGCUCACCGUCACAUUGAUAGAUGCUAACCACUGUCCAGGAUCUGUCAUGUUUCUCUUUGAGGGAUACUUUGGCUCAGUCUUGUACACUGGUGACUUUAGAUACACUCCUUCAAUGCUGCGUGAGCCAUGUUUAAGGAACAACACCACUAUAGAUGUUUUGUACCUGGACAACACUAACUGUGACCCAAACCGCUCUUUGCCAUCCAGACAGAAAGCCACGCAACAAAUCAAAGAGAUUAUUCGUAGCCACCCCGACCACAAUGUUGUUAUAGGUCUGUACACUCUGGGAAAGGAGUCCCUCCUGUUAGAGUUGGCAAUGGAGUUUAAAACAUGGAUCGAAGUGAGUUAUGAGAGAAUGGAGAUCCUUCUAGCCCUAGAGCUGCCUGACGUCUUCACUAUUGAGCCAGGGGCCGGUCGUAUCCGUGUCGUGGACCAGUCACAGAUCACUUCUACAGCAUUGCAUCAGUGGAACAAAGAACAACCCACUUUGGCCAUUUUUCCUACCAGCAGGCCCCUUAUCUCCUUCCACCCCAAUGUUCAUGUAGUGCCCUAUUCAGACCACUCCUCCUACCAAGAGCUGGAAGAUUUUGUCUCUGCACUUAAACCUACCUCCCUGGUUCCCAUCGUAGGAAACUGUCUGCCGGGGAGUUUGUCGAACUUAGUGCCACGCAAAAGGUGGCGUGAAAUUCUUAUACCUGAAUCGGUCCGUCACUACAUGUUGCGGAUGCCCGAGAGCCAGCUCAGCUCAUCAACAAGCACUGACCUUAGACGGGGACCUUUCAGACCUCUUCCUCCCAAAGGGGUGGAGUUUGAUUCUCCAGUGAAGGGCGGUAGCACAUUGUUUGAUGAAUCUUGGGAGGCAAAUAGUCUGGUUUUGGAUGAAUCUGAGGAAGAGAUGGACAUAGGUGGUAGUGAAAAGGAAUCCGACUGUAUUGUGAUUGACCCAAGCGUGACAUUCACCCCUGACAAAAAGAGGCCAGGAGCUGGGGACUUGUGGAACCUCAACAUCGUCCAGACUGUCUCAGAGGAAAUAGUGAUGGCCGAGUCGGUGCCACUGAGUCAACUCACCCAAAGCAACUUUGUUCCAAUGAAGAUUGUUAGAAACACCAAGGCCUGCUUAAAGCCCAUCGGGAUCAUGACAAAUUAUUUUGAGGCUCAAGCCAAAAUUAGUAGUGAUCAGCAUGAAGGAUGUGAAAAUGUGCAGAACAGGAGCACGCUGUCAGGCGGGGACAGCUUGAGUCGGCACAAUGAGAUGCAUCAGAGCCAAGGAAACUCGGAGCUACGGGCGGCGUUACAGAGCAGCCCUGACAGCUCCUCCAUCACGUCCUCCACCUCCUCUAUUGAGCUGCUCCGGGGGCAUGUAGAAGAACUCGAGAACAGGCUUCUGAUGUGUCUUCAGUUCUCAGAGGAGGACUUCACCCAAAGGCACCUUCAGCCACAGAGCUUCAUACAAAAAUUUACACUCUUGCCUUUCAGAGACUCUGACGAGGAUGAUGUCUGAACGAGUUAAUGUGAAAUUCUUAUUUUUACCCUUUUGCCUGUCCUCUUUAUUCUGAAUGGUUUUCUUAAGCAGCCUAAAGCAUGGUCUUAAUAUUGGAUUCCUAUUUAAUUUUCCUUGUGGUCCUUCAAGUAUUUGUUGGUGAUCUAAACCUUCUAAAACCAGGCUGUCCAUUGACCAGUCUGUACCCCACUGGCCUCCUGACGUGGGAAACUGCCGGAAUAGAUUUAUUUAGUUUCUUCGAAAACAACUUUCAUUGCUCUAUUGGAGAAAAUAUUUGUUGACGAUAUUUUGACGAGAGAGAGAGGUGCAUUAGAAUUACGUGAUCCUCGGUUCAGUGAUACUUAAUUCAUAUAUGGACAGGAGCAGCCGCUCCACCGGCAGCAGAACACGUUGUCUUAAAUCAGAAGUGAGUUGUGCUCAGCUCUGGUCUUGCUAGUGUGGGGAGCAGUCAGCUGUACUCAUGCCCCGUCCUCCACAUCUAAGCUCUACCACAGAUAAUUCUGAGUGAGGUCUUAUGCUUUCAGUGUUUUGUAAUGUCUCUCUGAAUCUCUGUGCUUUGAACCAGGGAUUCACAUCAGUGUCCUCAUCACAUAGAAGUAUUAUUGUAACAAGACUACUGUUCUAAUGGUUGUGACCAAAGCUGAAGUUUAGCUAAAUGUUGAAAUGGCACAAGGAAAAUAUAGUUAAUCUUUUCUUGUCGUAAAUCAGGUGAGCUCCUUUUUUGCCUUUUUAUUGUCACUUUAAUUCAUGGAACCAAUAAGUUAAAUGGUUGAAUUUGGAUUUUGACUGGUUGAACUGGUGUUUGUAGGUUUUGCUUUCACAUAGGAUCAGUGGUAUUAAAAUAUUAUGUCAUAAGAACGUUGCUAAACUUGCAACUUGGACUGAAUCCUUAAUCGAAAAUGGUCCCUGUGGUAAGUAGUUUUUUUUAUAUAACUAUACCCCUCUGAAAAUAAAGUACUAAACAUGUGGGUUAGGCUUAUGGAAGAUGCCCCUUUUCCCAUCAGAUGUGUCUGGGUUGAAUAUGACUGUUGCCUUCAAAAUGUGUUUCUGCUCUUACGUGUUUGUGUUGUACUCCAAAAGAAGCUGAUACGCUCCUUAGGUUGACAUGAGGAGCAGUGUUGGUUUUUUCAGAAUGCCAAUGAUGUGUUGACAGUGCCAAACAUCUUAUCCAGUUCAGAUGAUAGUUUGUAAAAUCUUUCCCCUGUGUUCUUUACCUUAGGCAAAUGUUUGUCCAAAUUUGUAAAAGUCUAAAAGCAAGUCAGCUAAAGUAAUCCUGUUUGUAGUGUCAAAUUAGCCAAUGGUCUGGAUAUCCUGGUUAGCUUCCAACAUUAUAGGAAUUCAAACAAAACUGGAAAAAAACACGAUAAAUGGAGCUUUCGUUCUUGAUUUCCUCUUAAUUUGUUGAAUCCUUUAAACAAAAUGCUCCAAACGUUCCUCUGACGGAAAAUCAAAAUGCAGGAAGUCUCCUUCAGAAAGUUUGAACUGUAAAGAUGCGACAUGUUUCGUUAACCUGAGUAUGUGUUACUCAAACCAAGUGUCUUCUGACUUCAAACACUUUCCUUCUGUUAUUUCAAUCCAAGCCAAUCGAGUGUCUCAGCGUUUUUGUUUGGUGUGCAUUUUUCAACGUCUCAUGUACCAUAGUUCAUGUUCACCUGUAAACAUUGUAAAACCACUCUUUGCCUUUUUAAUUUGGGAAAUAUUGAUGUAAAUCCACUGACUGAGCUCUAGCUCACACACACAUUUCUUUUAUUUUGUAUGUUAAAAGGAAACCAGCACUACAGACCAACUGUUCAGAGCACACUGAGUACAGGCACCUUAUCUGUCAAUUUUUCAUGAGUAAAUGACACUUCAUUUGUAGAUGUUAGUUCAUAAGUGUUUCCUUAAGGUGUUAAUUUAAACUGGGUGGCUCACAGAUCUUUGUUAAAGGAUGUGUAAUAUUUGAAGCCGUUUCUUGUUGCAAUGCCAAUAUUAUCCCCAAGAUGGCAGUAGUUUUUUAAGGAAUAUGAGCUGGGGUUUUUUAUUUUAUUUUAUUAUUUUCCCUUUCUAAUAUUAUUCCUGUUGAAAAAAUAAAAGUGG